CCCUAAGAGCGAGCGGCGGCGCAGCUGCAGCGCGGCAGGGAGCGCUGCGCAGGGUUCCUUUUGCAGCUGCGACUCCGCCAGCUCCCCUCGCUGUCCCGGGGGCAUCGUGCGGCUCCUUCGGGGACCGAAGCCGCCGGCCAUAGCGGGCACCUGGAUCCGCGUCCCGCCUCAGCGCCCGGAGGACAUGCAGGAGAGAGAAUGAGCCAGAGGGACACGCUGGUGCAUCUGUUUGCUGGGGGAUGUGGCGGCACAGUGGGAGCCAUUCUGACAUGUCCACUGGAAGUUGUAAAAACACGGCUACAGUCAUCUUCUGUGACACUCUACAUCUCUGAAGUUCAGCUGAACACCAUGGCUGGAGCUAGCGUCAACCGCAUCGUGUCUCCUGGACCCCUCCAUUGCCUAAAGGUGAUCUUGGAAAAAGAAGGGCCUCGCUCCUUGUUCAGAGGACUAGGCCCUAAUUUAGUGGGGGUGGCCCCUUCCAGAGCAAUAUACUUUGCUGCUUAUUCAAACUCCAAGGAAACGUUGAAUGGUGUGUUUGAUCCUGAUUCUACCCAGGUACACAUGAUUUCGGCUGCUGUGGCAGGUUUUACUGCAAUCACGGCAACCAAUCCCAUUUGGCUUAUAAAGACUCGGUUACAGCUAGAUGCAAGGAACCGUGGGGAAAAGCGAAUGGGUGCUUUUGAAUGUGUUCGUAAAGUGUAUCGGACAGAUGGACUUAGAGGAUUUUAUAGAGGCAUGUCUGCUUCAUACGCUGGCAUAUCAGAGACUGUUAUCCAUUUUGUUAUUUAUGAAAGUAUAAAGCAAAAACUACUGGAAUGUAAAACUGCUUCUGUGAUGGAAAAUGGUGAAGAGUCGGUGAAAGAAGCAUCAGAUUUUGUGGGAAUGAUGCUAGCUGCUGCCACCUCAAAAACUUGUGCCACAACUAUAGCAUAUCCACAUGAAGUUGUAAGAACAAGACUACGUGAAGAGGGAACAAAAUACAGAUCUUUUUUUCAGACACUGUCUUUGGUUGUUCAAGAAGAAGGUUAUGGAUCUCUCUACCGUGGUCUAACAACCCACCUGGUGAGACAGAUUCCAAACACAGCCAUUAUGAUGGCCACCUAUGAAUUGGUGGUCUACCUACUCAAUGGAUAGCAGCAAAGGCUGCCACACUACAAAGAGGGAAGACCAAAAAGAUUACAGUGGACCAUGGAGUAGCAAAGCCAGCAUGGUGGRCAGAAGGAAAGUAGUUGGGAACAUGUAACUGUGCCUCAGCAGCAGUGUGAUUGAGGUGGUAACCAUGUCACAUUACUUAGUCUCUCAGUAAUGUGAACAAUCCUUGGCUACCCUUGAGGAAAUGCCUUUAGAAGCACUCCUUCUCAAAAUUGCCAUUUUCUCUACCAUGUCCACAAGAUGCAGUUGUGUUUGUUGAGUAAUGGCAUUCAGAGUGUAGUGUUGUUCCAUCAGCAUUUUUUCAGUCUCUAAACAAAGCCAUCCCUAAUUAUAUACUGUACUACAACUAUCCAAAGAUAGUAUUUGACAGUCAUAAUUUCUAACUUCUGGCAUUUAAUCCCUAUAAUACUGUAGAAUAAUAAUAAUAGAUAGAUCCUGAGUAUUAUUUUCCCAUUUUCCUGAGAGGACCUGGCACAGUAUUUUAAAUUUAACUAUUUGGCAUCAAUAGUUAACUGUUAUUGACAACCAAUGAAAUUGUGUCUAAAUACCUUGUGUACUUUUAGCAUUAAGAUGUUUUGGUUUCCACGACUAACCGGUGCUUGAUGUUGAGCAUAAUGUGGACUUUAAAUUGUUAGAAUAUCAAACUCACAGUAGUUUGACAAAAUAAACUAGUAAAACAUUAAUUCUUGGCCAUUUCAAUGACUUGAAUGUGUCUUCAAAUCUUACCUAAUUUUAUGGUACAUGAAUGAAUGCAAAUGCCUUUUCAGUAAUUUACUUGUUAUGGACUUGAAUUAAGUAUCACUUAGUUAAAUAGAAAAUUUUACUACUUCUGAAUCUUUCUCUACUUGCUAUCACUUUAAGAAUCUAAACCUUUGAAUCAUUUCCAGAUCUGUAUAUAUUAGAUUUAUUUGUAGAGAAAAUGGUAAUUUUCAGUUUUGCCCUUAUGAGUUUUUUUUAAAGCUGAUAUUAAUGUGGGACAGUAUAAACAUUAUAGAAGAGGAGCCCUCUGAUUCAGAAGGUAAUGAUCUUAAUUGGCUUAGAGUUUAUAAAUGAACAGUUACUUCUGAUGGAAAUUUAUUCUGUCCUAUUUUCUCGAAUGGUCUAUCAUAGAAAGAUUCAAGUUAGAGUGAAAUAUGUUGACAGGAUGUAACUUUUAAAUUUUGCUAUUAAGUAACCUGCACCUUUUAAGACUUUAAAUGUGUUCUAUAUAUGGCCCUUAUGAGAUGUCUGCUAUUAUACCAUGUCAAGGGACUUUGCCUAUGGAUGUUGCUAUACUGGUUUAUAAAACUUCUACAGUUGAACUCCAGUGUGGUCCUCAGUUCAGUCUACCUUAACUUGACAUUUUGUGCAAUGGCUUUAUCUUGAGAAUAACUCCUUGUGAAUGCACUUUGUGGCCUUGGGGGUGGGGCGGGAACAAGAGAGGAGAGAAUUUCAUGUUAGCUUUUUUUGUUGUUGUUUAAAUAUUGGUCUUAGGGAGAAACAGUGUUCAUAACAUUUUUCUGGGUUUUUAUUUUGAAGGUCUAAUAAUGUGUUUAAGCAUUCUUCGUACCCUGCAGUGCCACAACAUUAUGGAAAAGCAGCAUGUCAUUGCAGGUUUUUUUUUUUUUUUUGCUGUCACCAAUGAAGCUCUCUUGAAUUCUCCUACCUUAACUUCCUUAUAAUCAGCAGUAACUGGAUGUUUUUGAGGUGCUCAGUUGGAAUUUAAAAUAUUCCAAUCUAUUUGGAGACCAAAGGCAAAUUCAGUUUUGUUACCUUUUGUUAUUUAACAUUUUUUCAUUUUAAUUUCUGCUUUGACAUUUAUAGUGAGGAACAUACUAAGCUCUCUCCCCACCAGAAGAAUACCCCAGAGGUUCUAACUUAAAUCUGUAGAGAAGGUCUCAUUCCAUAAUGUUUGCCUUUUCAGUGCCAUUUAUACUGCCUAAUACAGUGCCAUUUGCCUUGUGAAGAUCCAUAAAUAAUGUGUUGAAUGUAGGACACACUCCCUAGUCUUACUGAUCUCAGUGCCCCACAAAUGAAGAAUGACAUGAAAACCAGCAGCUAAGGAACAUCUCAUUUUGUUAUAGCAAAUUCAUAACAAGUGUCCUUCGAGGAUGGUAUUCUAUUUCUGUUUAUAUUUAGCAAGCAAAACUUAAUUGACCUUUUGUGCAUUAUAUCAGCUUUUAAAGUGCAUAUUAUGUGUGUACUAGAAGGAAAAGCUUUUCAAGUCUUGGGCUGCAUUUGUGCAACAACUAGAAAGGAGCAAUGAAGUCUGGUUUUUCCCCUGAGUACAUUCUGCCAUAGUUUACACUAGGACAGAUAAUUCAAAAAAGAAAACUACAUAUGAAAAUUGCUUUAAUGCAAUUAAAGUUGAUUUUUUAAUCUAUUCUAAUGUUUAAAGACAAAGAUGUUAAUCAGAGCAUUGGACUUUUUGUUGUUGUUGUUGUUGUGUUUUGGUAGGAGAUCAUCAGCACUCCAGAUUGGUCUGUAUUUUAUUACAGAAUCUUCUCAGAAAUUGAAUUGAACUUCUUCAGGUUCAGGCAGUAGGUACUGAAAGCUUAUGCUCAUAGAGCAGCCACUCCCAGAAAGAGUUUGCUAUGUUUCGCAGUUCAAAUCUGAGACCACGGUGCCACCCCUGUGGUUGUGAGUACCAUACAAUGCUUUCAAUUCCGGGGGAAGAAUCUACCAGGAAACCUCUGUCUUGGUUCUGGUUACGUAACUUUGUAGAACCAACCUUACUAGAGUAGGCCCAAACUGAUUAGUAACUUCGAAACCAAAAUAGAAUAUCAUGAGGUUAUUUAAUCCAACCUUUUGUCUCAUACCUAAUGUGCACUGUGGAGUAGCAUUAUUUUAGGACCAGCAGAAUCAGGGUUGUAAUAAAUUAGUCCCUCUUCCAGAAUCCCUUGUGCCUGUUUUUGUGGUUUACAUGCUCUUCUACCCAAAUGUAGUAAUUGUAGGGACCCUUUGGGACUGAUUCAUA